AUGACUCCAAAGAACUUGAAGGGAAAGGUUGUUGACCGAGAUUCCUCUCCAACCAGCCAGUCUCGUUCGUCAUCGACAGCAAGCAAACGGAAGCACGCUACCUCACAUUCUGUGGAGCCUUCCACGCCUACGAAGAGAUCGAAAGCUCUCAUCGUCGAUAGUACUUCUAGUCAAGGAAGUGCCCAGUCAUCGUCUGAUGGUGCUAGCUUUAGAUCAGCAGAGGAGGAGAUCAAGGUAGGAAAGCUGGACGGCAAGGAAAGACCUAAAUCUCGAAGUUUCGCCGACAUGUAUACCUUUACCUCACGCAGUCAGCCUAACGGCGUCAUCGACCUCACACAGACAAAGUCCGCGGUCUCCAAACCGCUCAACGGAACUCGACCUUUGGGGCAGAUAGGCCAAGGUGGACCCAAGCGCCUGGUCGUCAAGAAUCUGAGAACUACACCUAAGGUUGACCCGCAAGAAUACUUUGAGAGAAAAUGGAAAGAGCAGGUCAACGCUUUGGACUCGCUCUUUCGAGGUAGUGAUGUUAAGAUCAUGCUGGAAGAGCUAUACAAGGCCACUGAACACAUCUGCAGGCAAGGCCGCGCUGCUGAGCUAUUCGCCAGGCUGAAAGAGAAAUGCAUAGCUCAUCUGAACGACAAGGUCAGACCAGAGCUGGCUAUGACUUGCUUGAAGCAACCCGGCACUUCAGCUCUGCAGGCAUUUGUCGCUGCUUGGACUCUUUGGCAGUCCCAAGUUCAGACCAUCAGGCACAUAUACUUCUAUCUGAAUCAAACCUAUCUCAUCAGACACCAAGAAUAUGGAGACAUCAACAACGUCGCCAUGCAUAUAUUCCGGUCGGCCCUACUGCAAGAUGAGGACAUACGGUCUGUCAUUCUGGCAGCAGCUGUGGAACUCGUGCAGCAUCACAGAAAAGGCGACACUUCAAGGAUUGAGCUUCUAAAGGCUAGCGUCGAUGCCUUUCACGAUCUUGAGGUGUACAGCAGUGACUUUGAGCCAAUGCUGCUCAGGGUUUCUCGAAAGUGGUUCGAAGAAUGGCGCAGAGAAGAGGCUGAAAAGGAUGACUUGCCACAUUAUGUCCGGUCCUGCAGUGCUCUGAUCGAGGCUGAAAUGCAUCGCUGUGACAUACUGUCGCUAGACAGAUCUACCAGAUCUCAGCUUUGCGACAUGUUUGAUAACAUCAUGAUCGAAGGCAAUGGCGAGAGACUGACAAACGAGGAUGGUAUACUAGAUAUGUUGGAGCAAGAUCAAGACACAGAGCUGAGGCAACUGUGGAACUUACUGUCAAGAAUAUCUCGACAUGAGUAUCUCAGUCCCUCCUUUGCCAAAUUCACAGAAUCUGAAGGCUCAUCAAUCGUUUUUGAUGAGAAGGAUGAACCAGAUAUGGUUGUCCGUUUAUUGACAUUGAAGAAGAGGCUUGAUCGGCUACAUCAAGACUGCUUCCAGAAGGAUGAGCACAUGGGCAACACUUUGCACAAAUCGUUCGAAGCGUUCAUGAACAAAUCGAAGAAGUCUCAAGCGAACUGGGACACAGACAAUGUCAAACCUGGUGAGAUGAUCGCGAAGCAUAUUGAUCUGCUUCUGAAAGGUGGAGCUAAAGCAAUACCGAAGCUGGCACAGGUAUCAGAGGCUGCGGAAGGAGAGAACGAACAGGACUUUGAUGACAACGAAGCAGAAGAGGAAUCGAUCGAAAAGCAUUUAUCUGACGCACUCGACCUCUUCCGCUUCGUUCACGGUAAAGCAGUGUUUGAAGCUUUCUACAAAAAGGAUCUUGCUCGUCGUCUCUUGAUGGGACGGACUCAAUCUUUCGAUGCGGAACGAUCUAUGCUUGCACGGCUACGCAACGAGUGUGGCGCCAAUUUUACCCACAAUUUAGAGAGCAUGUUCAAGGACAUGGACCUGGCACGAGAAGAGAUGAAAGCCUAUAACCAGGUCAUUAACGACAAGGGCCUCAAACCUCCAGUUGAGAUCGCGGUCAACGUCCUCAGUGUGGCCGCAUGGCCGACAUAUCCUGACAUCUCAGUCAACCUUCCUACGGGCAUUCUAAAGGCUCAGCACGACUUUGAGAAACACUUCAAAGACAAACAUGUUGGGCGUAAACUCACUUGGAAACCUUCGCUUGCUCACUGUCAGCUGAAGGCGCGCUUCGGAAAGACUGUCAAGGAGCUGGUUGUCUCCGGUUUCCAGGCAAUUGUGCUUCUUCUCUUCAAUGACGUCCCUGCUGGCCAGUCUCUAGGUUUCGAUGCUAUCAGAUCAGCAACAAACCUUCCAGAUGCCGAAGUCAAGCGUACACUACAGUCUCUUGCAUGUGGUCGUUACAAGGUGCUUUCCAAGCAACCUCGCGGCCGUGAAGUCAAUGACACCGAUACUUUUGCCUUCAACGACAAGUUCACAGAUUCACGUUUCAGGGUCAAGAUCAAUCAAAUUCAGCUCAAGGAGACAAAAGAAGAGAAUAAGGAGACACAUCAACGUGUGGCGGCAGACAGACACUACGAGACACAAGCAGCGAUCGUACGAAUCAUGAAGUCGAGGAAGAAGAUUGGACAUAACGAACUUAUUGUCGAAGUGAUCAAGGCAACGAGGAACCGUGGAGUACUUGAUCAGUCAGACAUCAAGAAGAAUAUCGAGAAGCUGAUUGAGAAAGACUACAUGGAAAGAGAAGACGAUAUUAAGGGAUAUAGUUAUCUAGCCUAA